AUGGUCAGAUUCGGCAUGAUCCCGCUGGACGAAGAGGCGGUCUCGGGUGAAGCUGGAGAUCGGCGCGCCGACCUGAUGCCCGAUGCACGCACUUCCAGGAUGCACCGUGGAGCGGUGUCAGCCCUGGCCAUCAUGGCCGUGGCUUUGCUUCUGCUUGGUCUGGGAUGUGUGGCUACAGCGGCUGUUUCGGAAGUUGAGGAGGCAGAGCACGUGGAGGAUCUGGGAGGUUUGGAAGUCAAGGAAAGCCUGGACCUUGAAGAUCUCGAAGACGGUUGGCCGGUGACAAAGAAAGAGAUCAAAAGCAUCCAAUACAACCCGGCUGGAUGCUUUGCAAGGCUCAGCUAUGCUACAGCAUGGAGCGCGUCGCUUGGCCUGAAGAUCAGCGCGGCGAUGCAGGAGUGCAACGCCCGAAACUAUCGAGAUGAUCCCACGCCAUUCCGUCGCCUGAACGAAGUUCCGGAGGCUCAUGAAACACACAAGCUGCCCUCCUUGCCACAGGAAGCGUCCAUCCACUACCCGGCGUCUCCAUGGGCACAGUACAUGGACUCCACCAAGCUUGCCAAGCCUGAUUCCAGGGAUGCCAAGCACGCAGAAAGCUUGGGUGCGGAUGAGGAUGGUAUAGCGGGCCAGUCCGCAUACAACUUGACCCACGGAGCCUUACACCUGAAGACGCUAUUUGCCUUUGGCAAGCACUGGACCGUGGAGGGCUGGCACUACAUCAAGGAGCAUCAUCCGGGUUGCCUUUGGGACACGCGCCGCGAGCAAGGCGCUGUGGGUCUCAGGGGAUGCUUUGAUUCUUUUGGCCGUCUUGGAAUCGAAGCCUUCGGAUCAGAAGAUCCUGUCCCUUUGAGCGCGGCCGUCUUCGAGGCGUCGGUGCCGGUUUCGACGUGGGUACAUCUUGCUUUGCAGCGCAGGGGCCCAGAUCCGGAGUUCUUCAUGGAUGGGAAGCCGAAAGGGAAGAUGAAAGUCCCAGAACAGUUCACAGGGGAGGAGCUCCUCCCCCAAUCCAGGUUCCGGCUUGGUGGCACUGUGGACAAUGACCCUGGGCGCAAGUACCGUGGCAUGUCAAGCAAUGUUCGCCUGACAACCGCUGCAAUUUACGCAUCGAGAAAGCACUUCCUGCCAGAUCCAAAUCUCGAUCAGUUGAUGCAAACGCGCUUCUUGCUCAAGGACCACUUCAUGGAUGCCGUGACCCAACGGCAGCUGAGGAAGAGCGGGACGGUCACCACAAAGUAUGACCCCGAGAUUUUGAUGGACAGCUGGAAGGCACAGGGCUUUGUUGAUGACAAGAAUGAGAACUUCACACCGGCGGCGAACCAGUCAAGGCUGGAGGUUCUGCGGAAGCUUUUUCCUUUCGAGGAUCCAAUCUAUAAAACGGAGUUCCGGGGAGCCUUCUGUGCCCGAGUCGUCCUACAGAUCAUCAAGGAAGUCUUCACCAUCCAGGACAAGGUGAUGGCCGCAGUUCCCAUGUGUGACGCUACUGCAACAAGCCCUCAGUGCUACAAGGCCGCUAGUUGGGUUGUUCGUAAUGCUGUUAGCAUGGCCCGGUAUUCCGCAGAAUUGCAGCCACGAUGUGAGAAGACGGAGAAUGAAGACUUCAGAGGAGAUUUCAGAUGCAGCGAGCGGCUCGAGGGACUCUCUUGGUCUCUGGACAGCUUCUCCUCGUCUGUUUCAAAAGCACAGCGCGUCUGCGAGGACAACGUGCUCCGGAGCCCAAAGUUGGAUCUGGGGGCCUGUGUCGGCGAAGCCCUAUCUGCUACCGGAUACAUGUUCGCCAGUGCCCUCCUCUUGGAGUCUGCUUUGGGAUUUGACUGCCCUGGAAACACCAACGAUGCCGACGAACAGAACAGCCAAGAGCCGAAGUUCAUCCCGGAGACGCAACGCUUGACCUGUGCCAGGGACUCCACGGCCAUCUUUCGUUGCACUUUCCUGGCAGGAUCCAAGGCGGUCAGAGCCGCAGGUCAUUGCGGGGGCACAGACACGCUCUGUGGGCGAAGCAUCUUGAGGAGUGCCGCUGCAUUGUCGGGUGUCGCAGAGAACGGCGUCUUCCUCCGUGUUUUCUGCCACGGAAAGAUGCCUUGCUGCCAGCUAAAUCCUGACACCUUGGAGAAAGAGUGCGAGUGUUCACAGAAGGACCUCAUCGAGCUGGCACGGGACGACGCCAGUGACCAGAAGCAGUGCGCCAGGUUUGGGGGAUCCACAGUGAAGCUGAUUGGAUCCGCGGCUUUGGCUGCCACAGAAGCAGAAGGCCAGUGCAAAUUCGCUCGAACUUCAGAGAGCUCGUGCGAGACCAUGGUGCCUGCAGCCAUUGCUGGCUUAGGCUUCUUCCUGGAGAGCUCAGCUCGACAGUCUCGCGACUGCCCUCCAAAGCCUGUGCCUCUGGAAGCCGAAGAAAGGAAGAAGGACGCCAUCAUUGGCCCGGCUGACCCGCAGCAGUGGUAUCAAUGCGGCCAGGACACAAAGCGCAUUGGCGUCUCCAUGGAUGUCAUAGCUCGAGGCAUUGCUGGUGCCGUGGUGAACUGUCCUUACGGUGACCUUCCCAGAGUCACCAGCCCGAUCAAAUCACCCAGGCGAUUCCUCACCCCAUGA